UUAUUUGCAUAUUUAUGAUUCGUUAUCGAUGGAAAAAAAAACCAAAAGAUUCUCUUAGUACAACUACAAUACGUCAACAUAUCCUGCAAGAAGAGAAUCGAAAGAAACUAUACAUGAAAAAAAAAAUAACAUCUUCUGAUCAACAAGAUAAUCUCCAGCCUAAUAUGUUAGCAGUUUCCAACGUUGCUUUUCAAGAUGAUCCUCAACCCAGUACUUCAGCAACAUAAUGCUUUGAAACGUCACCUAGAAUUCCUUGGAGGAUGUAAUGUAAGAGAUGCGCUACAUCGUUAUUUCCAAGCAACAAUGACACCAACAUUGGCGACGAAUUUUACCUGGACUGGUAAAACGAAAGGAAACGUUGAAGGCAAAAGGAUUUUAUAUAAAACUAAAUUAGUUUCAAUUUUUUUCAAUGUGGUCAAGAAAACCUCAAACAUCAACCAACUUACUUCGGAUGAAUGGAGGUCGAGUUGCCCGGCAGUUUUAAAAAGCCACAAGCAAAUUGUUUUAAAUAUGCGAAAUGCUGCGAAAAAAAGUACUCAAUCAAAGAAAUCUCGUCGCAAUAGGCGUGAAGAAGAAAAUUUAUUUUUUCCAAAUUUGGAAAAUCCACAACCGGGCCCUAGUACCAUUGCAGACAGUGAAUCCGAUAGCAGUAGUCAUGUGAGUGAUGAUAAUAUGGACAGUGAGCAAUAACAUAAAAUUAUA